AGGGUAUGAGGAGAGGGGGAGGGGAGACGAGGAGAGAGGGAGGGGUUAUGAGGAGAGAGGGAGGGGAUAUGAGAAGAGAGGGCGGCUUUAUAUGGACGAGGUACGAGGGGCGGAAGGCGAGGAGGAGGGGGGAGAUGAGAGGAGAACGGCGAGGGGGGCGGAGAGGGAUGUGUGGGCGCGUCGGGGUGGGUCUAGAUCUUGGUCUCCCCCAGGAAAGCGGGAGGAGAAGGAGCAGCGGAGGGAGGAGAGGGGAGAGGAGGGCGCUAGGAGGAUGGAGGAGAUGAGGGAUGGGGGAUUGGAUAGGGAGGAGGCAAGGGGUGGAGAACUGGGAAGGGCGGUUAAGAGGCGGGUGUCAGGGGAAGGGGGCGGUGAGGAGUGGCAGGGGAGGCAUGAAGGGGAGAAGCAGGGGGGGGAGGGGGGGCGGGAGAGGGUGCGCGCGGAGAGGCAUGGGGAGGAGGAGCGGGCGCGGAUGAGGCGGCUGUUUGGCAGCAGCCUGGGCGAAGGGGCGCGGAGGCGGGCCACUGUGGACGGGGGGAGGGCGGAUGGGGGAGAGAGAGCGGUGGUGCGGAGACGGACAGAGGGAGAAGUGGGGGCGGAGGGGGCGGAGGGAGCAGCGGGAGCAGGACUGGAGGGUAGCGAGGAGGCUGUGAGGAGGAAAGGGCGUGGGGCGUUUGCUCUGGUGGCCGCGAGUGAGAGGCGGCUGGAGGGCGAGGAGGAGGAGAGGUGGCAGGGCGAGGAGGGGGUGGAACAGGAGGAGGCGGGAAGGGGAGUGGAAGUGAGGGCGACGAGGGAAGUAAGGCGAAUCGUCGUGUCUGCCCCCAGCCGCUCUGCCAUUCAAAGUGCUCCUCACCUCGUUGCUCCCCCUGCUGCCUCCGAUGGUGCCUCUCCUGGUGCUGUGAAGGGCGCUGCUAGAGCAGCUAGUGAGGAGGAGCGAGUGGCAAGGGCAGAGGAGAGAAGGGAAUGGGGGAGAGGAGAGGAGAGAGGAGUGGAGAGAGAAGAGAAGCGGGAAAAGGAUAGAGGAGAGGAGAGAGAAGAGGAGGGGGGAGAAGAGGAGGGACUGGAGGAGGAGGAGGGGCGUGGGGCGCGGAAACGGUUGCGAUCAGUGGUGGUGUCUCUCCCUGCUGAUGCCCCUCGUCGGAUCAAGGCAGUGCGGAGGCAGGAGAGGGAGGGGAGGGAGGGGAGGGAGGGGAGGGAGGGGAGGGAGGGGAGGGAGGGGAGUGGGGGAGAGGAGGCAGAGGAAAGGGCGAGAGUGGAUUCAAGAGCAGGGGGAGGGGGGAGAGGAGAGGAAGAUGCGGAGGGGAACGAGGGGGCGGAGAAGGAGGGUGGUAAAGGGAGUGUGUGGGCGAGGCUGGGCAAACGAUGUGUGCAGAGGGGUGGAGAUGGGCGGAUAGUGGUGCAGAGGCAAGCGGAGCUUGGGGAAGAGUAUGGGGAGGAGUUUGGGGGAGGGUAUGAGGAAGGGUUUAUGGGUGGGUAUGCGGGAGGGUAUGGGGGAGAGUAUGGGGAAGGAUACGGGGGAGAGUAUAUGGAGGGGUUGAGAGGAGUUGAGCAGGGUGUGUGGAGAGAGGGAGUAGAGGGGUGGGGCGAUGGGAGAGGAGGGGAGGGAGGGGGGAUGCGAGUGAGGUUUGGAGGAGAGGGGGAAGAGGACGAGGAGGACGAGGAGGAAGAGGAGGAGGGGGUUGAGGGCGUGGGUGGGGAGAUGCAGGGAGUGAAGGGAGCAGUGAAGAGAGGAGGAGGAGGAGGAAGCAGGGAGCGAGGCGUGAGGAGGAUCUUUGUGCGGGAGGAUUUGAUUCAAAGGGGUGUGCUUGUGAAUGGCAUGGGGAUAGGCAUGGGUAUGAGUGCGGGGAUGGGGAUGGGGUUGGCCGGGCAGAAUGUAGCUAGCAUGGGGGCCGGGCAGGGGAGGGGGGGACAAGGCAGCAUGGGGCGGGGGAGGGGAAGUAUGACUUGGGUGGCGAAGAGGGAAGAGAAGGAGAAGGAGGUGAAGGGUGAGGAGAAGGAGAAGGAGAGUAAAGUCAGCCCAGUGGCUCAGAAGCAGGAGAGUGUGGAGGCCAUGCGGCAGAGGCUGCAAAAAAUGCAGGAGGAGAUGAGAAGGAUGAAGGCGCUGCAGGAGAAGGCUGUUGCUGCUAAAGCUAGUUCAGCAACGAGUAAUGCUGAUGCUCCACCAACAGAAGCAGCUCACCCCAACGGCACGUUGUCAACCUCACCGCACGCCACCGCACUGCACGCCCACGCACCCACGCCUUUCUCCCUCGUGCGCAAGUCUCCCUCCACAGGGGACACUGACGAUCGCUCUGUGCUCGUUUCAAAUGUGCAUUUCGCAGCAACGGUGGCGGCACUCACGCUCCACUUUGCAGCGUGUGGGGAGAUUCGUCGAGUCACCAUGCUCACUCACCCUCUCACCGGCCGCCCAAAAGGAUGUGCUUAUAUCGAGUUUGCCACUAAGGAAGCGGUUGACAAGGCCCUUGCACUCAACGACGCUUCAUUUAUGUCACGCCCGCUCAAGAUAAUCCACAAGCCACACGCGGCAGUGGAGGCACUCCCCUCUGCAGCAGCGCCCACACCACCCAUCAGUACUCCCACCCACCCCGCUCGCCCGCUCCUCACGCCCACCAAGCUCCCCUCCCCUGCUCCGGGCACCACCCCCACCAAGCUCCCCACCCCUGCUCCGGUCACCAGCUUCACAGCCCUCGCCUCCCCCUCUGCACGUUUCGUGCCUGUUAAGGCCCCAGGUGUGGGUGUGAAAGCACAAGCUGCCCGCCGGCCCUCUGCCAGAGGUAGCAUGCAGUGGCGGAGACAACCUGAGGCCGCUGCUGCUGCUGCUGCUGCUGCUGCUGCUGCUGCUUCUGCUCCUGCUGCUGCUGCUGCUGCUGCUGCUGCUGCUGCUGCUGCUGCUGCUGCUGCUGCUGCUGCUGCUGCUCCUGAAACUGUGCCUGAUGCUGCACCAAAAGCAGCACCUAGCUCUGCACCUGCGGCGGCAGCAGCAGCAGCUGCUGCUAAAGCUGGCAAGAUCAAGGGGUGA